UGCUGAUUUGAUUGUUAGACAUGAACAUAACAAGUCAGAAGUGUCAAAGUAGGUUUCCUUCUCCCUUUAACUUGCAUUUUUGCUUAAUCUAAAUCAUCUGUGACUUUCAGUCUGGGACACCCUUAGCUCACUCCUUGCCCAUGACAAACACGGUGAUGGCUGCUCCUUGCAUGUUGCUAGCUAGGUUGGUCACCUAGAGCCGACAAACAUGCUUUAGCUUUCAAAAGACAAAAAAAAAAAGGCAUAGGAGAACAGUGUGACCCUGCUGAGCACGUACUGUUGGGUGGUUUGGGAUAUCACAUUGUGAUGUUUUGCAGACUUGCUUUCGAUUGUGUGACCAUAAAUAUUAGGGCUGAUAAUUAAAAAUCUAGAUUAGUACUCUCUCUCCUGACUCUCAGAGAGGCCAGACAGGCCAGGCAGCAAUCAAAAGGCCACGACCCUGAAGCGAGCAGACGGCGCUGGGAGCCGCUCUCACGACCAGUUAACCUGCCCUCGGCCUAGAGCCAAACUCCACCCCGCCGCGGGCACGGCGAGCACGCUAACACCGCCUCGCCCAGCGCCUUUAAGCGGAGCCCCGCCUGCUCGCCGCACUGUGCUUGCCACGCCGUGCCGGGCGGGGCCUGCCCCUGACCCUGGUGCGGAUGCUAGCAGGCCCUGCCGGAAGCCCAAGCGGCCGCGGGAGCAGCGUGGCCCUGCACUGCAGAGUGGCGGGCAGGAGAGGAGUCGGCACAGCGCGUUGCGUUGCGGGCGCCGUUGGCGUCGCCAUGGGAGCGGAGCAGAGUGCGGAGGCCGAGAGCCGCCCGGGCGAGCCCAGCUCCUCAGCAUCUCCAUCCCCAGCCAAACAACGAGCAAAAAUGGAUGACAUUGUGGUGGUAGCCCCAGGAACACAGUCCUCUCGGAACGUGAGCAAUGAUCCAGAUGUCAUAAAACUGCAGGAAAUUCCAACGUUCCAGCCCCUUUUAAAAGAGAUUUCUCUGCCACUUUUAAACCAGCUGGAGUCUUAUACUUGCUGGCUCUAUAGGACUCCUCAGUGGGCAGACGUCUCCAACCAAUGCCAAGCUGGAGAAGCUGGACCCACAUCAAGUGCUGCAACUGUGUCUCCGAUACCAGGACCAUCUCCACCAGUGCGCAGAGGCUGUUGCCUUCGACCAGAAUGCUUUGGUGAAGCGCAUCAAGGAGAUGGACCUCUCAGUGGAAACUCUUUACAGCUUCAUGCAGGAGCGCCAGAAGAAGUACGCCAAGUAUGCGGAGCAGAUCCAGAAAGUCAACGAGAUGUCUGCCAUUCUCCGCCGCAUUCAGAUGGGCAUCGACCAAACUGUCCCACUGAUGGAGAGGCUGAACAGCAUGCUGCCUGAGAGUGAGCAGCUGGAGCCCUUCAGCAUGAAACCUGACCGGGAGCUAAAGUCAUAGCUGCUCCAGCUCCCUUCACCUCCUGCACCCCAGCACUUGGCACAGGCGUGCCUCCGGACUGGCCAAUGUUGGGAGCAGACAGCCAUGUUGCCUGACUUUCUGCUAGGGCACCAGAGGAGGAACAGCCUCAGCUGCCAGGGCUGUGCUGCCAGGAAUCCAGGAGCUCCCCUGGCCUCAUUGUUUGGAGAGGAACAUUUACUGUGCUUUCAUCUCCCUCAUUCUGCUCUGCUCUCUCCCACUGCCACCACCUGUGCUGAGACAUUUGUUUCAUUGCUGUAACUAGGUGGGUUUGCAGAGGAGUUCUUUCAGCUGUUCUUUUUACUAGAAGAAUUUAAUGGGAUAUGGAGUGUGACAAACCCUCUAACAUGCUUCCUGUGCCACUAGGGUUUAGAGAAUUAGAUUACUGGUGAGUAUUUUUGAGAUUCUCUGCCCUUGGAAACACGUAUGUUUUAUAGGUGAAAGUGUGGGAGCCAGGAACUGGCUUAUUAAAAUCUGCCUGUUAUCAUAAUUAACACAAACUAAAAGCUUGCAUGGCAGGUUUUUGGAAUGUCCUUUCUUGAGGCUCAUUGUUUUUAUGGGCUCACUCAUUUAUGAGGCUGUAAAGGAAUAACUGUUCCAGAUACGUAUGUUAUUGCUGAGCAGCCUUAAUAUUCCUCUCCCCUUUCCCUGGCAGUGUCCUGUGCCCUACCUGAUGGCUCUUCAUGUCUCGCACUUUGCACAGCGAUUCUAACAGACAGUGACACCUGCCUGUUUACUUGGCACCCCAAAGUUGGACACAGGGGAUCGGAUCUUGUAUAUUUUUUUAUUUAUUGGGAUACACCAGUUAUCUUGGUGCUCUUUUAUACCAGAGGGAUACAUCUGGAGACUUGAGAAGUCCUUCAAACUCUGUGCUGGCUGAACUGCUAUUGUGCUGAGAGCUUGCCUGAGCAUGGUGUUUUAAGACCAAAACCACACGGCUCUUUGUAAUCACGCUCUGCAAACUGCUCCAAAGGCAACAGGAUGUUCCUGCAAACUGAGCUCCAGCUGGACAGCUGGCAGCCUGCUCAUGGGGCCAAGGCACUGCUCUGGGAUUUGGGGGACCACAGACUGCUAGGUCUGCUACUGGGCUGCUGCCACAGGCUUUGGUUUCUCCCCGUAUAAAAUGGGAUAUUUUACACACUGCUGUGAAGUAUUUACACAUCUAGAAAUGGUGUUCAAACAGCCUGCACUGCGAUUGAACAGCAGCUCUUAUCCCAGCAGAAAGACCAUUAAAGCAGAAGCAAGAAGCCCUGGGCUUGCUGGGCCAGUGGCAGUUUUGUGUUCAUUACAGACCUCCCAGAAUGCUGUUGCUGGUGAGGAGGCUGAACUUGAAUGGUUGCUUUAUUUCAGAGGUGGUCAUCCCAGUCUUUGAGAGAGUUCCUGUGUCAACCCAUCUGCCAGUACAGGCUGGGGGACUUCCUGGAAUAGCUCUUAGCAUGUGAGUGUACCUAAUCAGACAGAUUGUCUCCAAACAUUUGGGUGUGAGGGUGUCAUAGGUUUCUGAUAGUGGGAAUGGCUCCUGCUGGCGGGGAACAACAGGCUGUUCAUUUUGCUUCGUUACCAGAGGUAAUGCAGAGUAGCCCAGAGUGACUUCCUGUAAUGCAUGCUGCAGCCAGCUCAGGUCUGUGUUUGAAACAUGAUUAUGGGGCCUGCUGAGCUUUGCUGAGAAUGGAGUCCCAUAGCAAUGAGGCCCUCUGGAUGAUGCCCAGGGAAGAGCAGUUGGCAAAGGUGUGAACAGAACAUUUUCUGGGAAGCGCAGCCAUGAGCCCACUUCUUUCCUACUCCCAUUGCAGAGUUGGUAUAUAGUUGUGCAUACACAGGUAUAUACACAGGGUAUAACAAUGUGAAGAACAGACUCCCAUCUAUGCUUGCGUGUUUUGCAGUAUUUUACACGUGGUUUGUAAAAAAAAUUUUGCUUACAGGAGACUGAGGAGCCCGUGACAACCUGUGUCCCAUGGUCAUUCCAAGAGUAUCCUUACCAUCCUUCGUGGAGACAUUCUCUGCCUUCUGCCACCAGACAUGGUCAAGUAGUCAGUAGCUUGAAAUAGCUGUGCAGGCAUUUUGUCUUUCUUGUCCAGACCAAGCUGCUUGGAAGUGCACAAAGUGCAGCAUUCAGCUGCUGUCUCCAUCCAGUGUGAGGGUCCAUGUGCCCUGGAGUGCAGGCAGCUUAGGCCAGUAGUAGAUCCAGAUACCAGAUCUGCCAGCAGGGUCAAGGUGGUGGAUGCUCUCUCCUGUAAAGCUUUGGACGUUUGUCUUUGCACUGUUAAGCACCAGAUCAAAGCAUUGCUCCUUGCAGUACUGAUGCAGAUGAGAGAACAGUGCUCCUGUCUGGAACCUGCAGGAGCAGGGGCUGCAAGUCAGUUCCUUAUUUGCUGAGGUAUUGGGCUGAAAAUGGGAGAAAAUGUGUAUUCCUGUGCACUUACUGCCUUUUAAGCUUCUGGGUACACUGCUGUGCCUCCUAGCUAGUGACUCCUGAACAGCAACAAGAAGUUGUAACAAAUAUAAUAGCUUAACUAGAAGGAAAUCAGAGCUGAAAUGUCAGCCUCUUCCAAAGAACACAGGUCCAUCACUUCCAUUCAACAGGCGAUAGUCUCGUACGUGUCCUCCAAAAUUCCUGUACCCUCUAACUGUUCUCAGAGGAUGGUUUACAGUUCUAUUUGAAGCAUCAUCAGUAGCUUUCUUACCCGUAAGUCUUAGACCCCCUUGCUGAGGGGAAGCCUUUUCUGCUGCAUCUUGCUGUUUCUUGGCUGCUCCAUGCUUUGCUCCAUGAGCUGCUUUUGGAUUCACCAUGGAUGUGGGUGAUGCUCAAGGUGAGACCUUACUUUACUCUCUCAUUCCGUGCAGUAGGGAUGUGAGAUGUGACUAGAGUUACCUUUCUGCCUACGUGUUUCCUUUCCCUAAGCCAAACAGUGGUGGAGAAAGCUCAGGUCUCUCUUGUGAAUAUACUGCUACUUUUAACACGAAGGACAGAUGUUAGUGCUAUGAACAGAAUAAACUAUCACAGCCCCCAAAAAGAAGCAUUUCUGCCCAUUUCUGGUUUGUGAUGUGAAAAGAAACUCAUCUGUGAGGUAGUUGCAGACAAAGCCUCCUGGUGUGAAACCUGAAAAGCUGGAGAGUGAAGCAAGGCCCUGGGCUGUGUUUCUCCAGCUGGGCCUGACCUGGUCCAGUUCCUUUGCUGCCUCUGGUGCUCAUGGCAUGAAACGCUGGGGCUGUACUGCACUGGAGGAAGAGGUUUCCUGUGUUACUUUUGUCACUUCUAUAAUUUAAUGCAUUGUCAGGGUGCUGAAGUACCAACCUAUCUGCUGGUCAGUUUCUGUAAAAAUCCAGUGAAGGGGACAGAAAAUUUGUUGGUUUUUAUUAAUAAAUGUAUUUUAAAUUAUAUAUAUUUAAAUAUUUAAAAUGUCUGUCCCCUCCUCUAGGCUUUUACAGAGUGAGCAGAAAUAGGUAUGUCCAUGGGCCCCUUGCCCUAUGGACUGGCAUUCCAGUGGUUUCAUGCAGCAGUACUGCACCUUCCCUCUGCAUCCCAUGCUGCCAGCAUGUGUUCUGACUGCGAGCCUUGUGCUCCUUGGUCUGUGCAUUAUCAUCCUCUUCACUGACUUGCUCUGUAUACAACUGCAUGUGUGCUACAUGUUCCAGCUCCAACAUUAAAAUGUUUGGUAUUGCUCUUCUCCAA